AUGACCACAACCACUCUCGAUCUCAAGACAAAAGAAAUGGAGGUUCACUCCUCGGCCUUCUCUAUGAGAUCCAGCAGUACCCUAAGCACACUCGUCGAGAGUCCAUCCUCUUUCUGCCCCUCACGCAUUUUAACCAUUAAUGCGCAAGGGAUCAGCGCUUUUCGUCUCCCACUGCCAUCUCGCCAAACCGAGAUCUUUAUCUACAAUCCAGACGGCACCGAGGCCUACAUCUCCACACGUGACAAGCUUUGCUCAGGGAAUGCGACUCUGUCCCACCCAAAGCGUGGAAGUCUUAUCCGAACCGAAUACUUCUUCGGUCCGAACCGUGAUCCCGUUGUGCACCUGCUUCAACCUCCCAGUAACGUUCCCGAGGAAGUGACCGUUGCGGGGAAAUGGACAUCCCGCACAAUGCGCUUCGGUAUGCCUGGAGGUAAACGGUUUGAAUGGGGAUAUGCCAAGGGGAAAAGGGUAGAUGGGCAGAAAGUCAAUUUGAUUGUUUUCCGUGCAGUGGAGGAAGAGAAAGGCAAGAGUAAAGAGACUCCGGACCAGAGGAUUGCACAGUUAGUUCGCGGAGAGGAUACUCGGACACCCGGCACGUCGCGAUCUUCUGCGGGCAACGGGGGUGAAUUGCAGAUUGAUGAAGCUGCGUUGCAGUUCCUGGAACUGGACGAGGCCAUUAUUGUUGCGACGUGUUUGAUGAUGUUGAAGAAGGAAAUUGACCGACGUAGGAUGAUUCAAUUGGCAAUUAUCGGGGGAGCUGGUAGUUGA